CAGCAGGGCAUUCAAACUCACUUCCUGCAUCGCAGACUCUGAGUCUGGUGGGAAAUGACAUCACAGGAUCUGAGUUGGGGCCUGAUGCCAAAAACACCCCAAAAACAGUUCAGGAACAGACGGGUACAGAUACAUUUUGACACCAGCAACAGGUGACAGUCCAGUUGCUGAUGUUACAAAACCUAGGGUGCAGCCAGACUACUAGACUGCUGUCUGAAUUGAGGAACUCUAUAGGUAACAAUGAGACAGGCCACAGGACACAGCAGUGACAACCAGAGGAAGAAUGCAACUCAGGCUGGAUCUGUUGUGUUUCUCUCCAACCCUUUGAUGAGUGAUAUUGAUUCAGAUUGGUCCCCCAUUCAUGAUGCAGCCUACAAUGGACGUGUUCUCACACUGAGAAACCUAAUAGCUCAGAGAACGUGUGUCAACCUGGCCACUCUAGAAAGAGUCUCUCCCCUUCAUGGAGCCUGUCUGCAGGGACACACUGCCUGUGCCAAGUUACUGAUAGAAAAUGGGGCAAAUGUGAACGUCCCCACGUUGGAGCAGACCACCCCCCUGUCAGAGGCCUGUGCCCGGGGCCACGUGGCCUGUGUGACCCUGCUCCUCCAGCACGGAGCCUCACCCGAAGGAUACAGCCUCUCAGCCUCCCCCAUCCACCAGGCCGCAGCCAAAGAUCAGGGGUCAUAUUCUGAAGGACAGACUCCUAAUAGAUAGACAGAUCCUCUGUGGUUAGGGUUGCAAAAUUCUGGGAACUUUCACUAAAUUCCCGGGUUUUCUAGAAAUCCUUGUUGGAGGUUACAGAUUUCCGGCUUAAUCUCUUCUGACUCCGGGAAACCCCCAACCGGGAUUUGGGGAAAACCGGGGAAUUUAUUGAAAGUUCCUAGAAUUUUGCAACCCUAUCAGUGGUGCGUCAACCAAGGCGGUAGCCACGUGAUUAACUGAAGACUGCACUGCAGUUUGUGCCAAAGUAAUAAAGGGAAAACCCCGUAGAGAUGACAAAAUGUUGCCGAAAAUAACAUAAUGAAGGGAUCACGAUGCAUGCUUUUCUUCUCUUAAAGGUUCAUAUACAGUAGCUAUAGCACUUUGACAAAGAUGAAAGUCAAAAGGUGUCAGCUUUUAUCAAAUAAAAAAGAGCACCAUUACCUAAGAAUGUACUGUUGUUGCAGUAAUUUAUGGGAGAUGCUGUCAUCUUUCCUUUUUUGAAAUACUUAGGAACAAAAGAGCAAUUUGUUAAGCCAUGGUCACGUUGAUUUAAUUUGUUAUGUGUAAUGAGAUGUAUCAUUCCCUAGAUUUAGAUACAGUCAGCACUUUUUCAAAGCAGAUCGCACGCACUGUUCUUUAUUCCUUGAAGAUAUCUCUGUCCAGGUCACCCAGAAUGCAUUGAGUCUCAGGUUCAUCACGGGGCAGAUGUUGAUCAACACACUGACCAAUCAGGCUCCCCACUCUACACUGCCUGCACCAAUCAGCAUCUGAGCACUGUGAAGAAAUUGCUUCAGCUAGGUAUGAAAGUGGAUUCUCUUCCAUUUAUCUAGUCUAGAUACUGUAGAAUCUGGACUAGACAUUGACCAGUGUGCUUCUAUCACAAGGUUCUGCUGUAUAUAAUACAUUUUACCAAGAUAGCCACGGCACAUCAAGUACACUACAUGACCAAUAGUGUCGAACGCCUCAUUCCCAAAUCAUGGGCAUUAUAAUGGCGUUAGUCCCCCCUUUGCUGCUAUAAUAGCCUCGACUCUUCUGGGAAGGAUUUCCACUAGAUGUUGGAACAUUGCUGUGGGAACUUGCUUCCAUUGAGACACAAUAGCAUUUGUGAGAUUGGGCACUGAUGUUGAACGAUCAGGCCUGACUCGCAGUCGGAAUUCCAAUUCAACACGAAGGUGUUCG